CUUAAAAAAGGUUAUUUUAAUAAGAGUUAUCGACAAAACAAAUUUCAUAUUUCACAUUUUCUUAUUAAAAUUAAACAGUAAAGAAGGAUUUCUAUUCAGUAUAUCUUUAAAAAAAUAAUCUAAUCUCAAUAGACUGUGGAGAUUAAAUUGAAGAAUAAUGGAAGUGGAUCAAAGAGAUUUUGAGGAGAAUGAAUUGAUUAGGGAAGUUUUGGAGGCAGCUGGAUUUAGUGAAACAUUUCUACCAAUUGUUAAUGAGGAUAAUAAGCAACUUUUGGAAACAAUUAAAUUCUUAAGUAAAUCAAAAUUAGAACAUGAAUCAGCACUCGAGAGAGAAAAGAAGGAAGUCUUGCGAGUAGGAGAACUUUGCAAGACAGCAGACAACGAGUUUGAUCAGAAUUUAAAGCUUUUAAAUGCACACAAGUCACAAUAUACAGCUGAGUACCAUUUACUGAAACUCGGGGAGCAUGAGAAUCUUAGACUUAAACAAAUGAUGAAGGAAGUUGAUAAGGAAAGCAAAGAAAUGCUUUUGAAGGAGGAAAAUUUUAAAUCUGAGAAAAUCAGAAUAAGUGAAUCCAUAGAAAAGCUCUCGGAAGGAAUUCAGUGGGCUAAAACGGCUCUUUUAGAGUGGCGCCAAGUUUUGGUUUCUGGGGAUGAGGCGAAUAAAAUGAUUGAAAAACUUUGUCGGAUGGACGCAGGAAGAGCGGAGACACUCGAUUCAAAAAGGAAAAUUUUGCACGAUGCUAUUGUGAAGCAAAAAGGCGUCCUCAUAAAUCUUUAUGAGGAACGUAAGUCAUUAGAGCUCCUCUUAGAGCGUACCAGCCAACUUUAUCGACAAGCUCAUUUGGAACGUCGCCAGUUAGUAAAUACAUGGAAAGAUGCAGUAAACCAAAUGAAUCAGCGUGAGAGAGAAAUAAAUGAGACUGAGGAUGAGAUUGAAAGUGCCAAAAAAGUCUCGAAUGAAAAAAUGUCAGCAUUGAAGCGAGAGGAAAUGGUCAUGAAAUUAAAACAAGAUGAAAAUCGAGAAAUUGAGCUUUUUAUACAAGAACUUAAUAUAACAUCGUCGGACUUAAGGAACCGUUUGAUUAAGCUUGAGGAUUUUAUUUUAUUAAAGAGCUCUGAGCUAUUAGCACUAAGGAAGACAGUACAGAGCGAGUCACAAAAGUUAAAUAAUUUAAGAAACCAAAAUCGUCAAAUGCUCGUGGAAGAAAAGGAGAAAGAGACUGUCCUGAAAACAUUGAUUGAUGAUUUGAGGAUGAUUCAUGAGAAAUACGAAAAGUUCAAGGGUACAAAUGUCGACGCACAGGAGAGACUUCGUCAGAUUGAGGAAUUGUUAGAAAUGGAAGAGAAAAGCAUAAAAAAGAUUGAAGAUGAAUCAUCGCGUAUAUGCUCAGUACUUUAUCGUUCAGAACAGCAGCUAAAAAAAUUGCAAGUUGUCGAAAAGAAUUUUAUUCUCGAGGGACAAGGAUUAGAGUCUGGAAUUUCGAGAGUACGUGCAUCAUGCAAAAAUUUCGAGAAAGAACUUUUGAGGCAAACUGAAAUUCUUUACAAUGUUGAGUACAAGAUUCAGCAUAGUGAAAUGAGAUUAGCAAAUAUGCAAGGCACGAUUGAUGAGGAAGAAAGUGCAAAGCUUGAAGAACGAAAAUGUCAUCUUGAUAAAAUUUAUAAUGAUAAAAUUAAAGCUGAGGACAUGAUGAAAACUCAAAUUUCAAGAACUGAAGAAGAUAUGAAGAAAUUGGCGACCGUUUAUCAUAACUCUAUGGCUGAAUUCGAUAGACUUAAUGAAAAGUUAAAAGAGCGAAAAGUAACAAUGGAAGGAGGCAUUAAACAGCACCAAAUAAUUCAACAUCAGAAUCAAGAGAAGCUCGUUGAAUUGAACCUAUUAAAAAUAAAAAUAUCUCAAAUAGAAAAGCAAAUUGCUAAGCAAGCCGACAAAGCUUAUUCGUUGGAAAAACACAAAACGGAAUUAGAAGCAGCAAUGAAUGACCGUCUAAUUGAUAUUCGAGCACAAAUGAAUAUCUUGAACAUGCGACGAAAAUGCUUAAUUGAAGAGCGUUCACAAAUGAAGGCAGACAUUAGUGAGCGUUUACUAAAAAUUGAGCAUCUUAGAAAGCGUUAUGCAUGUGCGAUAGACUUAUUGGGUAGAAAUGAUGAUGGUUCAACCGUCACUGCUGUUCAAAUUAAAAUCGAAAUGGCUCAAGAAAAGUUCAUGCUAUUAAAUCAAGGAAAUGAGUUAAAUGAGAAAAUUGUAAAAGCUGAGAAUGAGAUUAAAUGUAUGGAAAAUGCAUUAAAAUUAAUGAGCUUUUCGAAUAGCGAAUAUCGUAAAGUCUUUGAAAUGGUUCAUGAAAAUAGUCCUGAAAUGAAAAAAAUGGAUAAUCUACAAAAUCAAUAUUGCAAAACGAUGAACGAUAUAAAAAUGUUGAAGGAGAAUCUAAUGUGCUUAUUAUCUAAUUUGGAGUUAUUUGAGAAUCAAAGGCAGGAAGUUGAAAAAGAAUUUGAUGAAGUUCAACGGAUCAGAUUGGACAACAAUGAUACAUUGCUCAAGAUUCAUAAAGAAUUAUUGGAUCAGGAAACGAAAAAGGAACGUGCUGAACGUGAAAUGAAGAAUUCAUAUAAAGCUGCAAGACGAAGAAUUAAGGAUCAAGAUAUCAUAAGCCUAUUUGACAGAAACAUUGAAUAUAAAGAAUUUGAUGAAAAGAAUAAUUCCACGUUACAGCAACUGACUGAUAUGGUCGAUAAUUAUCCAGAAAUGACACAGACUGUAACGAGAUAUUUCAUCGAAAGAGGUUUGAGCUUGCCAGCUAGUGUUCGACGAACAAAAAGUCAAUGCUCAUGGAAAAGUGAAACAUCAUUGGGUGAUCAAAGCUUUAAAGGUGAUGCACAUUGCAUGAAAAGAUUUUCCCACCGCUCAAUAUUCUCUGGAUCAUCGACUGCAUCAAGUGAUAUCUCGAAGGUUUCAAAGGAAUCAGUCAAAGUGACUCCAUCAGGUCUUUCAGUCAUUAAAAUUACAUUCCCAGACAGUAAGAAAUCUCCAAAAAAGCACGCCAAAAGCACUGGAAAGAAUUAAGGAGCUUCACUGAUAUUUACACGUGUGUCUUUUGAUAUAUUUAUUAAAAAAUAAAAGAUAGCAGUUUGAUAUUUGUACAUAACUUGAGUGACAUUUACUAAAAAAUUUAAUUAAACUUAUACUUUUUAUCUACUUUAAAAAGAAAGAUAAACGUGAUGUAUGGUGCUGGCUGGAUCACGUUUAUAUGCUAUUCAAAAAUGAUUUAUAAAUCAUAAGGUCUUAUUAGUCUAUAACUUAAUUUUAUUAUCCAUGUUUUGUCGUUUUUAUCAAUCAAUGAACAUAAUAUGUUAAGUCUUAUCACAAAAAACUUAAUUAGAGUCGUAUUGCAAAGUUCACGUACUACACACAUUCAAGAAGAAGGCAUUAUAACAUUAUUUUUUCCAUCGUUCGUUUUGCUAUUUUUAGUGUCACAAGAUUCAUUAUCACUGUUAUUAAUAUAAAUUUAUUUAGAAGAAGAUUGAAUGUAUUAAAUUUUGAGCACAUUCAAGUACCUUUGUGUGUUUUGUUCAAGUCUUCUUCAUGCUUCGUGUUACCCGUCGAAAUUCAUUAGUUUUUGUCAGUCCAGCUUUUGCUUUUGUAUCUCGUCCUUUUUGCUUCUUAGACAAUACUUUUGUUGCUGGUUGAUUUUUUGUUUUAGCAGUGCUUCUCGUCACCUUAACAUCUUUGUCAGUCUUUAAUCUCGUAUUGUAAGUAGAGUCUCGAUCCACUUUCUGACGCUUUGGAGAGAAUCCUUCAGACUUUUUAUUCUCACAAUUAGAACGAUUUCGCUUUACACUCUUUGGCUUCUUAAUUUCUUUUUGUGGAAUUGUAUCAUUCAAAUGAAUGACAACACUAAAUGCAGAUUGUCUUUGUGACGUAAUGGGAAUAAAGAAUGGACUCGGAGAUGGUGUAUGGAUUGUUGAAUUGGACGAAGUUGAACGAAUUGAAGUGGGUCGUAGAAUUUUUGUUGAAGACGUUAUCCUUGGCUCUCGAACAAUUGGUUUAAAGAGCAUUAGCUCUGUUUUUAUACUGUCUGGAGAUGAGGAAUGGUCACUACUUGAUGAAGUCGAAGACGAUGAACUUGAAGAUUCUGACGACGAUCGUUCGAUAUUGACUGUAUUAUCCAACUUUACAGGCAACGAUGCCUGAUUUACUACAUUUGUGCUCAACUCGAACGAAUCGUUAUAAAAAUUUGUGCUUUUUGACAAAAAUGUACUCUUAAUUAACUCAGUUCCACGAUUUAAUGCAGUCUUAAAAAUAUUACUAUACGUACUAGUCGUCGCUGGAUUAUUAUGGACAUUUGCAGAGACAUC